AUGCCUCCGAAGUGUUUAACUCUAUUUGAGAAAGCGAAUAUAUUAGACGAACACAAAAAAGGUCUAAGUGUAACUGCUUUGUCUGUGAAAUAUGGCGUAGCAAAAUCAACGAUUUGUUCCAUAAAGAAGAAGGCUGAAAAAAUAAAGGACUCUGUCAAUAAAACCUUGAAACCUAGCAAGAAGCGAACGUUGAGAAGACCGGAAAAUCCAAAAAUGGAAAGAAAAUUAUACAAAUGGUUCCUAAAUCAGAGGAAACAUAAUGUUCCUGUCACAGGAGAUAUGAUUAAACACAUGGCAUCAAAAUUACAUGAAGAAUUUAAAGAAACCAAUAAUUUCAAUGCCAGUGAUGGUUGGCUACAGCGAUUUAAAAUUCGACAUGGCGUUAGAUUUUUAAAAAUUACUGGCGAAAAGCUAUCAUCGCAACCAGAAUUAGUCGAUCCUUUCAAGCAGAAGCUGAAGAAUUUAAUUCAAGAACAUCACCUAAGUAACCAUCAAAUAUACAAUGCAGAUGAAACAGGCCUUUUUUGGAAACUUCUCCCUGACAAAACAUUUGUUGCCCUUUCUGAAAAAGCAGCUCCUGGAUUGAAGAUGGCUAAGCAACGUAUUACUUUAUUGGGGUGCGUGAAUGCUAAUGGUUCGCAUAAGUUGACGCCUUUAUUAAUAGGUAAAGCAGCGAAGCCAAGAUGUUUUAAAAAUUUUAAAAAUCCGUUCAUCUACAAGCACUCAAAAAAUGCUUGGAUGACGAUAGACAUCUUGAAGACAUGGUUUUUUCAUCAUUUUAUUCCAGAGGUCAGAUCCUUUCUGCGAGGUCAAAAACUGCCUCAAAAAGCAAUUCUCAUUUUGGAUAAUGCUCCUUGUCAUCCGCCGGCUGAGGAAUUACGAAGUUCAGAUGGAAUAAUUUUCACUGUUUAUAUGCCGCCCAACGUGACUCCUUUGAUCCAACCCAUGGAUCAGAAUAUCCUACGUUUAACAAAACUACAUUACAGAAGGAGCUUAUUGAGUCAAAUUGUGAGUCAAAAGGAAAACAUAACCGAUGCUCUGAAACGACUUACUUUAAAAGAUUGUGUGGCUCAUUUACAAGUUGCAUGGAUCAAAUUGGAUGCAGAGAUGAUUUCAAAGUGUUGGAAAAAUUUGUUUGAUCGCACUGAAGAUUUCACUGAUGAGGAUAAUAUACCUUUGAGUAUGUUACAAGAAAUGCUCAAUAGAGAAAAAGUUGUUGUGAAAGAUACAAUAUCACUCUUAAUGGAACUUCAACCGGUAAGUAAAAUCAGCAUACAUUUUCAUUUCCUUCAAAUUUUCUAUAUUUUAGCAUGAUAAUAAUGAAAAAGAAA